UAAAUUGACGCAGACGAAAAAAAUUGUUACGCUUCGUUGUCUGACAGCUAUAAACAAAACAAUUGCGAAAAAAUAAAAUAUUUAUCAAAUAGCAGUCAACUAACAAAAGAAAAAUAACAAAAACUCGACAGAAUUUAUUAUGGCUUAGAAGAGACAUUGAUAUAAAGAGAAUUUGAAUAAUUCUAAAGAUUCUCUCGGCUAUUGGAAUACACCCCACCCCCAAUUGGAAAAAAUUAAGGCAAACAUCAUCAUAUAAAUUUUGCAUGCAGACCCCAUAAGCUGCCUUAUCAAGAAGGAAAUGCUCUAAUCCUCAUUAAUAUUUGUAAAAAAAUCAACAAAAAAACAUUGUGGAACAAAAAAAGCCGUGAGUCAAAGCGCCACAAUAGUGAGUCACAGUACAAUGGAAACUGUUUGCCUGGAGAUUGGUAUCAAUUGGCAGCAUGUAGCCGAGACCUCACAGCCACAGCGUUAUCAAAUCAUUUGUGACAAGAAAUGGCUACAGACACUGGAGAAAAAGAGAAAAAUCGAUGUAUUCCCAGUGCAUCCAACGCUGGAUAGAAGAGCACAUCCAGAUGGUGACUUGGAACAUCCGUGGUGCCGAGUGCUUGUACAGCUGUAUAAAAAGCAGCCAUAUAGCAAAGUUUUCCCUCUCAAAUGUCCACUGGACGAUAGUAGGACGGGAGAUGAUUUUGGCCAGAGGACACCUUUGAGUUACUCCAUGGCCGUGUAUGAGGUGAUGUGUGAGAAUUUCCGUAAUCUUUGGUCAGAUUUCUAUAAGAAAUGCCCAGGGGCUCAUGUCAAGGGAGAAAAGGAUGGUGGAAAGGGGCCAAAUAAAUUGGGUACAUCCACAACGGCCACAGCGAAUCUAUUACCCUAUGAUUCUGUUUUGAAAGAGGUGAUUUAUCGGGUAUUCAAGUGCCCCAUUAUCCAUUGUGGCUUGGAUCGGAUACGUGACGAUUCGGCAGAUGUGAAAUGUGAGGAAGUAGCCUUGGAUGGCCAUUCCAAUAUAAUGCCUGCAUUGAUUUGCAUAGAAACUAGCCAAUACAUGGCAGUGCUGUUCUAUCCCCCUGGCCUGUCGACCACAUUGUAUGACUGCAUAACCUUUAGUCCUGCAGUGCUGAAUAAGAAUUACAAUAAGCCCUUGUUUAUUGUCUACCAGCUGUUGCAGUUAUUCCGAAGUUUACAUCAACAGGGAUUGGUGUUGGGGGAGCUCUCCCUUCAGGACAUUCUUUUGAAUGAGAAUUUAUGGGCCUUGGUCAUACCGCCAGUUGAUGCCAAUAUAACGGCCUACUUUUUGGAGGAAGUUAUGACCCACUCACCAAGUGAAGCCACGGGUUUGCAGGAAUUGGACUUACCAGUUGAUGGUGAUACCAUGGAUAUAUCCAAUUUGAAACUGGACUUAAAAUUCUCGUACGAUUUGAAACAGUUCUCUCUUCGAGAUUACUGUGACAUGUGGUGUAAUGGCCAAAUAAGCAAUUUCGAUUAUCUCACCAUAUUGAACAAUGCCGCGGGACGAUCGCAAAACAAUCCCUCCUAUCAUCACAUAAUGCCAUGGGUAACAAAUUUUGAAUCCCGCAAUGGGUUACAAUGGCGUGAUUUGACCAAAAGCAAAUACCGUUUGAAUAAGGGUGAUAUCCAUUUGGAUUUGAUGUUUCAACAUGCCACCCAGCAGGCUCAUCGGGAUUUGGAGGCAAAUUGUUCAACAUCCCCACAACAGGUGGCACAUCAUGUCUCGGAUUUUUUGUCAGAAAUUACGUAUUUUGUGUAUAUGGCUAGGAGGACGCCCCAGCAGAUUUUGAGAGAACACGUUCGACCCAUUUGGGUACCGGCGGAAUAUCCAGCCUCCAUACAAAGAUUACAGGAAUGGACACCGGAUGAAUGCAUUCCUGAAUUUUACACCGAUCCCAUGAUUUUUAAAUCCAUUCAUGAAGACUUACCCGAUCUCGAAAUACCAUCGUGGGCUUCAUGUCCCGAGGAUUUCAUAGCCAAACAUCGUGAGGCCUUGGAAAGUCAAUAUGUCAGCGAACGUUUGCAUCAUUGGAUUGAUUUGAAUUUUGGCUAUAAACUUUCUGGCAAGGCGGCAAUUAAAUCGAAAAAUGUCUGCCUUCCAAUGGUGGAUCAUCACAAAACUCUCUGCAAGCGGGGAAUAGUGCAGUUGUUUACCCAUCCACAUCCGGGUAAGAGGACCAUAUCACCUUGGUUUUCCAAACAGGCACCUAGAAUACAAAAUCUCUUUGCCAGCCAACAGCAAAAACCGCCUACGAAACACAAGUCGAGUAAAAAGCUCAACAAAAGUCUGGACAAUUUAAGCAAAUCGACAGAGUCGUUGGAUGGCCAAGGAGACAAUGUGGCCCACACGGCAAAGGUAUCGCCAAGAUUGACAUUGAAAUUGCCCGAGGAUAGUAAUAGUUCCAGUAAUUUCUACAAAACCACAAAUUUCAUAGAACUUCCAAAGGAUUAUAAUCCCAUAAUGUUGUUGCAAUCCCUCGAGUCUUCCCAGCAGUUUGUGAGCAAAACAUUUCCCCUGCAAAAGCCCACAGAGAAUGCCCCCGAAAAAAUGCUUACCAGCGAUUUGUUGUUUGAAGACUAUACGGAUAAUCAUAGCUUUACCAAUCAUCUCUUCAAUGAGGGCGAUUCACCCUUGGAUGCCUCUUCAGCCAAGGUGAAAAGUAAAAAUUUCUUGGCCUCCAACAAGCAGCCCAACAAAUCCAUGCCUCUGCAUGUCCAUCAUAUGAAAAAAUUGAAGGAUCUACAAAUUUUGGGAUGUCUAAUUGUGGAAAUGUUUGCCAUGCCCAGGAUAAGGCCACUGAUUGGCCAUAACUUACAGCCGAAGUUUGAAACACGUCUGAAAGCUUGUCUAACCAUAAAUCAGCUAUAUCGGCAAGACAUACCCAAGUGUUUGCGUUACAUUACCAAUAUUCUGCUGAAUUUAACUGCUCAAGAUGUGGUGACGGAAAAGGGUAUGCCUUUGCCUUCGGCGGGUCAGCUAUUGGAACCAAUUUACCAUAAUCUGUUGAUACCCUUUCCCACCAAUUUUUAUGCUACCUAUGCCCUCAUCAGAUCUCUUUACUCCUUUGACUUUGCCUUUAUCCUGCUGGAGUUGCAUACCCACUUUCAGUGUAAUGGCCAUGAGUGUUCACGUUAUACGGAAAUCGAUCGUUUGCGGGUGCAGUUUGAACGUAAAAUUGGCAAAUGUAAAGUCAUGUCGUGUUGUGCCCACAUACGUCGCCUGCUGGAGCCGGUGGGUUUUGAACAAUUUCCACCAAUUGAUAUUCUUCUACCUCACAUUGUAAAUCUGCUGACGGAUGAGCAUACUUCGAUUUUAACAGCCUGGAAUUUAUUUGAUGCCGUUGCCCAGGCCUUGGGAAUUCAGAAUACCCAAAAAUAUCUUCUACAACCGAUUAUGAAACUUUAUGAUGUUGAGAGUUUUGAACGUGGCAUGAUAUCGGUGAGAAAUCGUUCCAUCACUGAUUCCUUGUCCAGUUCAUCUUCCACACAUUUACGUUUCUCGACGAGUAGUUCAUUUAAGUCUCGAAAAUCGGUUAAACUUUAUCAUCAAAUAUUUUUGCUACGUUUGAUUGUUCGCUUUGGCUUGAAAUGUUUUUUGCAAAAUUUCAUUGCUCCUCUCAUAGAGGCAGUGGGUGGGUAUAAAGAGCCGGAAGAUGGUAAUGGUUUGCAUUAUCACAGUUCGGCGGCAGGGAGACGUAGUAGUCGCAAUCUAUGUCUAGUGAAUAAUCCCACAGUUGUGGUCAAUGAGGAUGACAUGACUUUGAUGUCACCCCAGAAGGCAGAGGAUUUGGAAGAUAACACCUUGUCUCAGGAAGUUGAAGCCUCCAAUCUCAAACCGGAAAUCGAAGAUGUUUUCAGUUUUGAUGAUGAUGCCAACUCAGAUCAUAUCUCCACCUCAGAUCACAUAUCCAAUAAAUCUUUGGAUUCAUUCGAUAUGAGUCAGAGACCAACCACAGCGGAGGAGGCCAAAGAAGAAGAGGGGGAGGAGGAGUAUGAACGUCAUUUGGAAACCACUCCCGAAAAAUUGGCAAUUUCGGAAAUAAUUUAUGGUUCAAAAAUCUCCAAUAACUCAUUUGAGGAGGCCGACAAAAUAUCUCUGAGUAGUCAAAAUGCCAAUGACUCACCAUUGCACAAUAGCCAAUUGGGACCACGUUCACCCACCAUAGCAAUACCGGCCAGCGUAUUUAGGAGAUCCUAUCAAUUGAAUACCAUAGACUGUGAUAUUGGCUCACGCAAGAGUGUUGAUUCCUUUGAGAUUUUACAAAAUGCUGCCGAGGAGGAGCAAAAACAAAUACGAGCUGCUGCCAGGCGGCUCAAACAAGAAAAGACAGGAGAGGGGGAGGACAAGAAAAAAUCAAUAGAGGGUGAAGAAAGUACCGCUUCAAAAAUACCCAUUGAAGAAGAGCAGCCUACCCGUUUCUCCCAAGAAGCCAAUGACUCCCUACAGGCCUCGGUGAUAUCGAAAAUGUCCGAAGAGAAAUCAUUGCAAAAUAAUUGCAUAUCCGAAAUGAGUAGCAUUAGCCUGAUAUGGCUAUCUCAUCGUUUGGGACCGGUACUCACCUCUCGAUACAUUGCCAAAAACCUUUUGAAAAUGUUAACGUUAUGCUAUGUGGGCCAGGAGAAUCUACUACCCGAAUCGGGGCGGGCCAAUGAAGAUGCUCAAAAUUUGAAUUAUUUCACGGUAUCCGAUGCUCGAGUGGUGGGUGAUCGUAGUGCAGUACGGGUAUUGGAAUGUUUAAUGGCCAUUGCCUCGCUGUAUGGUGAACAGGUGAUUCUAAUGCAAUAUUUUCCCCACAUAAGUGAGCUAAUAGCUUUGGGAGUCAAGCGCAUAACCAGUAGUUUGGAGGGGGCAAUUAUAUCCACUCUACAGUUGGUGAAGUAUUUGAUACCCUGUCUGACAGAUGCCACCAUCAUGGAACAUUUGAAGGACAUUCUCUUGGAUUCCAUAAUCUUGCCAGUAUUACGUUUCUUGGGUUCUGCUCAAGUUCUCAUGCCCAGCGGCUAUUUGGGCCGUUCUGUGUUGGCUCGUAAAUUCCUCGAUGCCAUCUAUGUUCUCAGUGUGCGCCUGGGACCGGAUAUGACACGUGAACAUUUAUGUCUAACGGUAUUGCGACCAUUUUUUCUCAUUUUCGAUAAGGCCUUUGGGGAGACCAUUAAUUUUGAAAACAACGAUAAUCGUACUGCCAAAAUAUCACCACCCAACCCUGAACGUCAACAGGAAGCCAAAAGGGAAUUUGAAGAGAUUUGUGAUGUAUUCAGUCCAGCCCUGGCCCACAGUGCCUAUUUGGCAUUCUUGCGGUUUCUCGGUGAAGAUAUCAUGAAAAAGACCCUAUUGAAUUUGGAAUUUGUUCUUACGUUGUGUCAUGAAUUCGAACAGCCAGACUAUAAGCCGUAUACCAUAAAUUCUCGAAAAUCAAGUGAUGCUGUCGAUUGUCCAACUCGUGCUGAUAGUUUGGAUGCCAAUGCUGAAACCCAGGCGGCCAACAGUUUUGGCACCCAGGUGGUGGGCAAUCGCAUCGAGGUUGUUAACCCCACAACCCAGCAAACACCAAAGAUAAUAUCCAAGGAAAAGAUACAACCAAUCGAUACAAUGGAAGUACUCGAUAUGGUGGCAUAUAAAUUUGAACAUUUACCCAAUACUCGUUAUCUGAAGGGUAAUUGGUUGGCCUAUUGGCGUCAUGAAAUAACACGUUCCGAAAAGGAUACCACCUUGAGUUUGCAACAGAUUAAGCUACAAUCAUUUGUGGGCCACACGAAUUCGGUGCGGGCAAUUUUGGCACUGGACAAUGAGAAUAGUUUUAUAUCGGCAUCAAAGGACAAAACAGUCAAGCUGUGGUCUCUACGCAGCGAGGGUGAUGGCUUCAAGACGAAAUCCUGUCAAUUUACCUAUACCGAUCAUCGAAAGUCGAUACAUUCCUUGGCCUUUUUGGAGUCGUUGCGUUUUGUGGUCUCCUGUGAUUCAGGGGUACAUAUAUGGGAUCCCUUCAUUGGUCGGCCAUUGGGAGUGUUAGAUUCACCCAAACACAAUCCCAUAACAAUUGUUAAAUGUCUGCCUUCCCCCUCCCCCCUGGUGCUGGCUGGGACAGCAGAGGCUUCAGUGAAGCUCAUCGAUGCUCGCUGCAUGCAAUAUGUCAAUGAAUGGCGUGUUAGCACAAAUACUCAAAAUAAUGCCACAGUCAGAUGUUUGACAGUGGCUCCGUCGGGAAAUUGGUUGGCAGUGGGUUUAUCCUCGGGAUACAUUGUUAUGUUAGAUACACGCACUGGCAUGAUAUUGAAUUCAUGGCGAAGAAUGGAAUGUGACAUUUUGCAACUGGCCGCUCCCAAUGAUCAGCAAUUGAUUAGUUCGGCAUUAGAUCAUAGUCUAGCGGUGUGGCAUGCCCAUGAUGGCAAUUUACAUUAUCAGUUGGUACCCCCUGCCGAACCUGCCCAUUUCCUGCAAACAAAUGGCCCCGAAUUAGUGUAUGCCACAACUGGUAAUCGCAUUGGCAUAUAUUCCGAUUUGAGUAGCUCCCAUGCCUCACACACCGUGACCAAGUUACGUUCGGAAACAUUCAAAGGUGUUCUAACUUCAUUGGCUGUAUUGCCCUUGAAUCGUGCCUUUUUGGCUGGCAAUGAAAGUGGCAAUAUCUCACUAUUGUGUUAAACAGAAAAUCCAACAUUUUAACAAGUUUUUUAGCCAAAAAGAAAACCUCUCUCCCACAACAACAACAACAGAAAAAGACAAAUGAAUUUCCAAAAUUUUUUAUAAAUGUAUUUUUAAUAGAAUCAAUUUUUUUAUUAUUAUCUUUUCGUUGGUAGCUUUUAAGAACAAAAAGAAGCCCGCAUUCACACAAAAUUCCAAAAAGAAAUCAUCAACAUUAUCUCAUUGAUAUUCUUUACAUUCAUAGAGCAAUACUCUUGAUAUGAUAUUAUUUUAAACCAAAUAUUUCUUUAUUAGAAAAAAAAAUAUUACAUAUUUUUAAUCUCAUUUCUGUUAUUCUUUUAGAAUAUAUCACUAGGCCCAUGUACAUCCCAUUUCGUUUUUUUUUGUCUUGGUGUUUUAAUUUUGUUUUAAACAUAAUAUUUUUGUGGUUAUUUUUAGUUUAUUUAUGUUACACAAAUAUUUAAACUU